UCCCACUUUAACAUUAAAGGAGUAUGUCAGACACUCUGUGAGCUAUUUUGUUUUGGAUUUCGGACAUGAAAAAGUUCCUGGAAGAGGACUUGUGACGACAGAAGAGGUGUUGCAUUCUAGGUUCCUGCUGAAUUUGCUGUCACCGCCUAACGUCUGAUCCACAGCUGAGCACUGCUCACCCCGUUACGUCAAACAUGGGGCGCCUCCUUAUCACCGCUCUAUGUGCAAAUCCAAGGAAAAGGACUUUGAAAUCAUAUUGCAGAGUGAGAUACACUGUCAGCCUCCUCAGAAGAUACCGAUCUCUGGCCAGAGCGCCGCUCUGCCGGGACUCAUGCAGGCACUCACAGCUGCAGCCACCUCAACGUUUGAGAUUUGCAAGCUCCUUGGACAAUGCAAAGCACAAUAAUACAAGUUUUUUUUCUUCUUCCUGCUCCAGAGAUUUCACCAAAGAAGCCACACAUUUUCACACUGUGCGUUUCUCUUCAUCGUCUAACAGAGAUGCUUUCAAAGCUGAAGCUCCAGCGGGGAUUUCUGAUGAGGCUCUGAACAUUUUUCAAUGGAGGUCACUGGGAGGCCGACUUGGUCAAUCGUUUACUCAACUGUCCAGGCACAUUAACAUGUACUUGAAGAGAAAGAAUGUUGUUGGAUUUGCUGAAAAUGCCCCUUUUGUUGUUGCAGCUCCAGAGUAUCUAGGCCAAUCACAGGGACCUAGGCCAAGUCAACAGACAGCCACAGAUCAAACGCUGUGUGAGAGCAAAGGGAAAUCACAGGCCUUGAAAUGCAAAGGCAAGCAGGAAACAUCAGACAUCAGUUCCUCCACCCAGGAAAUGUCUGGUCUGCAACUAUUUCACAUCAGUGCUUUGGCCACCAGAUUUGGCGAGAGCUACAGUUACGUUGCUAAUAACAUCAAUUCGAUGUUUUCUCAGGGUUAUGCAACGGAUCAACAUCAGGACAAUUUUGAAAACCUGUCUUCAGACAGAGGGACAGGCAGGAGGCUCAGAAGGAGAAUAGCAAAAAACUCUGUUGAACUGUCAGAUGUCAAAUUGAAUAACAAACAGUCAAGCGUGGAGCCCAAAAAUAUCCCCAGCAGCUGGGAGGAAGGAUACCUUCAGAUAGCAAGGCACAUCAAUAAAUACUUUGGUGCCAAAGUCACAGAUGAAGCUCAAAAUAAGACAGAAGAACUUCCUAGGGAAGCACAUAAUACCUACGAGAGACACCUGUCAACACAAUCUACUUCACAAGCUCACAGCGGCAGGUCACAACAACAGCAGGAAAAGCCUUUCAUCCAGGGAAGCGUGGGGCUUUUCCACAGCAGCCCAAAUACAACGAAGUUUGGGGAAAACUAUUUCCAGACAUCCAGUCAUAUUAAUCAGUAUUUCAAGAGUGAAAGCCAACUGGAUGAGGACAAUGAUCUUCAAACAGGGAUCGUACCCAAACAUUUCUCCAAUCCAUCUCUCAUGGACUGUCUUCGCCACCCAACAAGUGCCAUUCCAGAUCUGCUGGGAUCCGUUCUAAGAAUGGACUCUUCCUCAUCCAGGACCACCAGACCGAAAAAGGCUGGCACCUCACCGCAGGCAAUAUUGAAUAAAAAGCUCGUAAUGGGUCGUAGGCAGGCAGAGGAAGCGACGCAGGGGCUGAUCUUUGGUCUGGGACUUGCGUCUUCUGCAGAGGAUGUGACUGCCUGUGUAAACGUGCUCAACGAACACCUUAUCCGCUACCCUUCAUGCAAAGCUUUAAUCUGGCAGGAGAAAGCUGUCGUCACAUUGUUGAGACUGAGGCGAACUUACAGGUACGACCAGACUGUUCAGGCAGCACUGAGACAAGCCUUCGCUCUGGUCGGCUUCGUUGGCCCGGUCAAAGGUCAGGGCAUAAGAGUGCUCUCAAUAGAUGGUGGUGGCACAAGAGGUGUUGUGCCUCUACAGUUGCUGAAGCUCCUGGAAGAUGAGACCGGCAAAAAGAUCCACCAGCUUUUUGAUUACAUCUGUGGAGUGAGCACAGGUGCCGUUCUUGCCUUCAUGUUGGGUCUGGCCCGUUUUUCCCUGGAGGAGUGUGCUGAUAUGUAUCGUCAGUUCGGCUGUGAAGUCUUUCGGCAAAACCGAUUAGUUGGCACUAUGAAGAUGGGUUGGAGUCACUCCUACUAUAACACUGAAACCUGGGAGAAGAUACUGCAAGAGAAGCUGGGUAAAACAAUACUGAUUAAAACAUCCAGAGAUGUGUUGAGCCCGAAGGUUUCAGCUGUCAGUGCAGUGGUAAACUGGGGAACCAGUCCUAAGGCCUUCGUCUUCCGCAACUAUAACCAUAAACCCGGCGUCCUCAGCCGCUACGCAGGAGCCUCGGGCUGCCAGAUGUGGGAGGCAGUGCGUGCGUCCUCAGCUGCCCCCGGAUACUUCCAGGAGUUCCCCUUUCAAAGUGACAUUCACCAGGAUGGAGGAAUUAUACUGAACAAUCCCUGCGCCUUAGCUGUCCACGAGAGUCGUUUGUUAUGGCCCAAGCAGCCCUUCCAGUGUGUGCUGUCGCUUGGCACAGGUCGCUAUGACAACGCUAGGCGGGGACCCGCCACCUCCACCAGCCUGAGAGCCAAAAUCAGCAAUCUGAUCAGCAGCGCCACCGACACCGAAGGGGUGCACACCCUCUUGGAUGAACUUCUGGCCUCAGACGUCUACUUCCGCUUCAACCCCAUGCUGAGCGCCGAGGUUCCACUGGACGAGAACCGACCGGAGGUCCUGGAUCAGCUGCAGAGAGACACCCAGAACUACCUGGAGAGAAACCGGCCCAAAUUAGCCAAGCUGUGUUUGGUGCUGGGGGCAGAGCGCUCAUCUGCGGGGAGAGCAAAGGACUGGAUGAGUGAGAAGGUCUGGGAGAUGAGGCAGAGACUGACAUGAGCCAGUGAGAGUGUUGACACAUGGAUGCAAAUCCCGUGCACAGAUGCACACACUUACACACGUGCAGGAAAAAAAUAUCAGAAAAUUGUCAAACAACUUAAAUGCAAAAGGGAAAAAAAAGGUUUGGCAUCUGCUGAUAUAAUUUUAGAAACCUGUCAGCCUUUCACAGCACCUCAUUUUUCUCAUCAUACUCAGAUGAGAGAAAACAAUCUUUACCACUUCUCAUUGAAGUCAUUAAAAAAAGCACCUUCCAAAGAAGCUAACCAGCUGCUGAAGCAGCUGCUCUUCCCUGCAGAGAUUAAAGCUGCCAGAUAUACGAUGUUUAUGUCACAUUGUCCCCUCAUUUUUUCAUGUUUUGCUUUGACGUCUUGACAAAGAUUCACAAGAAAAGCACGUUAAUGAAAUAGCUUAAGCACUUUAUGGGAAAAGCUUCUUUUUUUUUCUAAAUACUGUCACACAAUUUGAUAAUAGCUAUAUAUUUUGCUUUUAUGAGACAUUACAGUUAACAUAGUUAUAUGUACUGCAUUAUAUGAGUAAUUGUUCUAAAUGAAUUAUUAUUUAUUCUAUUUUAUUUUAUUAUUUAUUCUUCUGUUUGUCUUUCUCUGAAGAUACUAUUUAUUAAUAAAUCCCUGCAGCUUUUAUAAGCUAUUGAGUCACUUGAAUGUGAUGGGUUAACCCCCCCCUACCCACACACCCCCAUGUGUCUGGAAGCCGUGCCCUCCCCGUCCACAACAGCUGACUUUGUCACUGACAGAAACACUUUGUGUGGAAGAGUGUGUGCUUGUGCCAGCCAGAGUGAAGCUACAAGGUCGCUGACCCGCCCCCUUUUCCAACACACUGAAAACACAACCAGCAGGCAUGAAUGAAUUAAAA